UUAUGAUUGUUUAUUGCAAAAUUUCCCAGGCUACCACAACUUAUCCAAAAGCCAUAUACAAAGCGAUGCAGCUCAAAAGAAGCUACUUUUAGAUUAACCAACUAUUUAUUUAUCUUUUGCGGUUAUAAUUGAUAUGCGAAAUGAAGCACAUUGCAUAAAAAAGGCUUAUGAACGUGUAUCGUGGACCUCAGAAGUGACAGGAAGAGCCAUCAGCUGACCUCUGUAUACAAAGAAUAAAAAAAUAAAAAAAUGAGGUUAUAGAGGCCGUACGUAUAGUCUCAUGGCCUAACCCUAAAACACUGAAGAAGAAAGAAUAAAAAGGAGACCCCCAACAGCUCACCACAGCCUUCUACUUGAGGCCGCCCCAGACCCAGCCCCCUAGAGCAGCACCACUAUUUUUAUAACAGCGUGGGACUAAAGGGGCGUGGACGUGGUGUUGAGGCCUACCCAGCCCCCCUAGGCCUAAGGCUGCCAUGGAGUGCAUGGAAGGAGGUAGCAAUGACACUUGUGAUGGACCCAGUGCCAAGCGUGUGUGCCGGGAGGAGCAGCACUCAUUGGACCCCCAGGCACUGCGACAUGCCAUCCUGCACACCAUCCAGGAGCCGGUGGUGUUCCGAGGAUACCUGGCACCCAGCAGAGAAGGAGGAAGAGGAGGAGGAGGAGGGUGGCCCUGCCUGGCGUGGCCACUGGACCAAUGGGCGGACAUGUUUGGCGAGGAACAACUUGAGCUGCGUGUAGCCCAGCGGACGGCCCCCGGCAUGGCCCUGGCAGGACCCCAGUGGGAGGGCCAGUGCCUCAAGGCUAAAAUGACCCUGGGUGCCUUCCUGGCCUGGGCACAGGGCCCCACCCCCACCACCACCACCACUACCUGUGGUACUAAGGUCACCAGCACCACCCACUGGGCAUACUUUGACUAUUACUACCUUCGGCGCUUGGCACAGGGUUGCCUGGACCUAGACUGGGGUGCCUUGGGCUUCCCUGAGCGCAGCACUGCAGACAGCACUCUGUGGAUAGGCUCAACAGGUGCCAACACUCCCUGCCACAUUGACACCUAUGGCAUCAAUCUUGUGGCACAGGUCCAUGGUUACAAGCGCUGGGUACUGUUUCCUGAGUGCCAGUCAAAAAGCAUGGAUGCCACUCGAGUACCCUAUGAGGAAUCCAGCAUCUACAGCAACGCCAGCUUUCCAUACCCAUCCCGGCACUCCCACCCAGCCCUGGCACUCACUACACCCCAUGUGGUGAUACUAGGGCCUGGAGAUGUGCUUUUUGUUCCUAGGAGGUGGUGGCACUCAGUAGAAAACCUCAGCCUAGCAGUGAGUGUCAAUACUUGGCUGGAGGUGGAAGAGGAUGCUGCAGAAAGAGUUAAGGAGGCAAUUGUCAUGUUCCAGGUGGCCAGCCUGUGUUCGGGGGUCACCACACUGUCACUCCUCGAGAAAAUCUUCAACCCCAACAUGUAUGAGGUUGCAGCCAUGACCCCCACCGACCUCUUGGCUCAACUGCUGCGCCAAGUGACGGCCGCACGGCACUCUAUCUCCGGCACCAGUGACGGGGAGAAACACCAACCCAAGGACCACAGUGCCAAGGAUACAGGCCAGGAGAGUGCCACACAGGGCUACUCUAGUGCCUCAGCCUGUCCAGUACAACACAACAGGCUUUCUGGCACUGAGGAGAGUCAUGGGCAGUCUAUUUCCAAGUGCCACAGUUCCACACAGGACAACUGGAGGGACAGAGAUUGGCUGGCACAGUUUGGCAUCACCCCAGUGCCAUGUAUGACUUUUUGGGAGUAUCAGCGUGACAUUUUAGGAGUGAAAGAGAAGGAGGAGAAUGGAAAGAAGAAGAAAAUGGAAGUGAAGAAGGAAGAAGAGGAGGAGGAGAAGGAGAAUGAAGAGGAGGAGAGGGAGAAAGUAGAGGAGGAGAACAAUGAAAUAGAAGAGAAGGAAAAGAAAAAAGAGAAGAGGGGAAAGGAAGAAGAGGAGUGUUAUACGGAGUGCCAGUACCGAGGAGUGCUGAAUAGUGCCAAUUCUGAGGAUGAAAAGGACCUGAAGUUGUUGAUUGAUGUGUUUACGGAUACAAGGGUUGUCAGUUUAAUGAAGGAGGUGCUGGAUGAGAAACUUAGGAAUGUUGUUGGUGGUGGUGAUAGUGGUGGUGUGUUAUAGUGGAAAAAUAGUGUGUGUGUGUGUAUUUAUCUAUUUUUUUAUUUUUAUAAGAAGUGUGUGUGUGUGUUUAGGAAUAUGCAGUUGUUACUAUAAAUAAAACAAUAAAACAUUCAGAACAGUCAA